AGAGUGGUUCUACCCGUGACAGAGGAGCAGAGUUGAAGGAAGCCUGAGACGAAACAUGCAGCAGUUUGGCUGAAAGACUGGGAGCGCUGGAAGACAAAGGGAAACACGGUCACCAAAAGCUGGGAGCAUCUGCACACAAGGAAACAGUCGAGACCCACGUCUCAUUCAAGCCACUGUCGAGUCUGCGUUGGACGGAACCGAGCCGGGCUGCUAGCGUGAAGCCCCCUGAGGCAUGAGUGUGGGAAGCGCCCACCACCGCAGCUUCGUGUCCGGUGAAGAAGAAGCCCUGAGGCUCAGUACCAUGCCGGCUGUCGGCAGCUUCGGCAAUGGCAAAAUACACACCAGACGCAAACACCACAGCCGGUUCGUUAACAAGACGGGCCAGUGCAACGUCCACUUCUCCAACAUGGAUGAGAAGUCUCAGCGGUACAUAUCGGACAUUUUCACGACGUGCGUGGAUAUCCGCUGGCGAUACAUGUUCCUGCUCUUCAGUCUGGUGUUUGUGGUGUCUUGGCUGACGUUUGGCUUGGCUUUCUGGGUGAUCGGCCUCCUACACGGUGACAUGGACCAUCCCGUGGAGGACGAGAGUUUUGUACCUUGCGUCAUAAAGGUGAACACCUUUGUGGCUGCCUUCCUGUUCUCCAUUGAGACCCAGACGACCAUUGGCUACGGUGCUCGCUGCGUGACCGAGGAGUGCCCGGCGGCCGUCUUCAUGGUGGUCUUCCAGUCCAUCAUGGGCUGCAUCAUCGACGCCUUCAUGAUCGGCGCCAUCAUGGCCAAGAUGGCCAGACCCAAGAAGCGUGCAGAGACUCUGCUCUUCAGCCACAAUGCGGUGAUCGCCCUGCGCGAUGGGAAGCUCUGCCUCAUGUUCAGGGUUGCGAAUUUAAGGAAGAGCCACAUCGUGGAAGCUCACGUGCGAGCCCAGCUGGUGAAGCAGCGAUACACGGAGGAAGGUGAAUACAUCCCUCUGGAUCAGAUCGACAUGAACGUGGGUUAUGACAAAGGCACGGACCGACUCUUCCUGGUGGCCCCGCUCACCGUCAUACAUGAGAUCGAUGAAGAAAGUCCCCUUUUUGGCAUCAGUAAGCAAGAUCUAGAGGCGUCUGACUUUGAGAUAGUCAUCAUCCUGGAGGGGCUGGUGGAGGCCACGGCCAUGACGACGCAGGCUCGCAGCUCCUACCUGGCCUCCGAGAUCUUGUGGGGUCACCGCUUCGAGCCCGUCAUCUUCGAGGAGAAGAACCAGUACAGGAUCGACUACGCCUACUUCCACAAAACAUUUGAGGUGCCGUCCACUCCGAGAUGCAGCGCCAAGGACAUGGAGGAGAGGAAAUUCCCCACAUCUGGCGCCAACUCCUUCUGCUAUGAGAAUGAGCUGGCCUUCAUCAGCAGGGAUGAGGAAGAGGAGGGAGACGCAGACAAAGAGGACAACAGGAAGUGUUUAUCAGAGCUGGUCAACGAGUUGACUCCUCUUGGACUUGAUCAAAUUUCGCCUCGCAGAGAAUCCGCGAUUUAACCUUUGACUGUUUCUUCUCUGCCCAUUUUGUUUUGGUCUCAUGUGAAGAGCCUGUGACUGUCAUUCCCCUGACACGAGGACACCACAGAAGAAGCAGCGCCUGCUGCAGGUGGUGGACCAGCAGAACUACUCUCCCAUAACACACCUCUUCCGCUUCCCUGAGACGGUUAUUGAGCUUUACAGAACCCGAAACCAUGAGUGUCAUGUUCCAACUUACGGAUCCUACUAAUAAAGUGCAUGGCGAUAGUAUAGUUUUGUAUAAAUAUUUUUAAAAACUUUUGAUCAUAUUGAUUGGACAAUGUGCAAAAACACAGUUUCCAGCCGAGUGUGGAAUAAAAGUGACACUUUGCCAAAAAUUCUUCCUACUUAAAGGAUUAUUAAUAGAAACAAACAGUGAACUUACUGUAGAUGAAGACUGACUGCAUGCACCUGUGGGAGACACACAAGGACAAGAGUCAAGCAUCAUCAUAAAGUCAGAGAAUGAAGCAUCAGAUGUGUGAAAACUCUGUCUGUGCAGUUCACCUUCUGGGAAAAAAGUGACUGUGAAUGCUUCCCUUUGAUUUGCAGCACAUAAUGCAGUUUAUUAUAAUAAUAAAGGCAGAAUUACUGCUAAAUGUUGGUAAUAAUUGCUCAACCAAUGGACCCUGUAGUUUUAAACAUUUAUCAUUUUAAACCUGCCACCCUUGAAUUUAUGUUUUCUAAAAUCUGUUUGCACAUUAACUAGAUGACAGAUGCCUCAGAUGCAACAUGUGUUCUCUACAGAUAAUCACAGCUUUAAACAAUAAACUUCAAUGACCUUUUUAAAAGACCAAAGAGAUUAAAACACCUCAGAGACUAGAGUUUAAAUUAAAUUGUCAUCCCCCAGUUCUCUAACAGGCUUCAGAUGAGUAAACGCAUAUUAUGUCAAGUAAUACAUUUAGUCUUGUGAUUGAAGUCAAACAUGCAACAGAUUACAGAUUACAGAUUAAAUAUUAGUGACUCCAAUAAAUUAUGUUUUUUAUCAUCCAGAUAAAAACUUUAGGUGAGGUCAGGACUCAACCUACUGCUCAUGUGAAAACUGAAGUAGCUUCUAAAGCCAUCAUCUGAUACAAAGGUUACAAAACCCAGAGUCGGUUAUUAAAUGAAAAAGUUCAUCUUAAUAAGACAACAUAUGGUUUGAACCUUAAAAUCUGUCACAUUAAUUAACCCUUUCAAUACUGAAGCAACCACUUGAGGUGGAAAAGACAUAAAUCAACAGGGAAAAACUGUCGAGGGAAACACUGAGCGAAACUGAUACCGAUGAGACUUUGGAAAACAUCCACUAGCUAUAAUAAACUCAGACUGCUUAAGCCUCAUCACAGCUCGGGGUACACGUUUGAAUACAUCACUUCUAGUGUAAGGGCUUCAAGAACAGAUGGGGUUUCACAGAGCGUGAAUAGGAGGAAUGGUUUUUGCAAGUAAAACCUGCACCUGACUGAGAGCCCACCAGUAACCAGACGAUUACAAACCUUCUCAUUACAGGGCGCACGCCACCUUUAACUCUUGGUUUGUUCCUCCCUUUCUUUUAUUAUUAAUAGUGUAAGUAUUUAAGAUAAUAGGUCAAACAUAUGCCCGGUAGGAUGAAUUAGUUUCCCACAUACACCUGACUGCCAUUUCAGCAAAUCUGAACACAUUUGUAUUUUUAUCUUGCUGACUUGUCCUGAAAACAUGAGGAAAGACUUGCCCUAGAAAACAAAUUGGGGGUUCCACUCCCAGUCACAGCAUACUGUAAGCCGGCCACUUCCUGCAUGUGAAGAAACACGACAUUUGUGCAUUAACCCAAUGCAAAGCAUUGUUGUAAAUAAAUUGUUGGUCUCAGAGUUUCAACUUUUACAGCUGAACACACAAAUAACCAAUAAUUCAUGUUUCGUGUGGAUUCAUGGUCAGACGCCACCUGCGGGUCCAGUUUUCCUAUGAGCAUCUGCCGAAAACAUUCACUGUAGAGUUGUAACCGGGAACGAAAGUGGGAGCGAGCUGUUAAAUAAAUAGAGAGGAAUGGACUGUGA